CCAAGGCGGGCAGACAGCGCGCAGGGCGAAGCGCACCGCGGCUGCAGGAGCCCGGCACUCCCUGAGAGGACCCGCCGCGCCGCCGCCUCCACCCCUCUGCCGCCUGAAGGGAGGCGGCCGCCCCGCCCCGCCGCUGACGGCGGCCGGCAGGGGCCAAGCUGCCGCGCGGGGCGGCCGUUUCCCGGUGCUCGUCCCGCCGCCGCCCGGCCAUGGAGCUGUGGCAGGUGCCGGUGCUCUUCUCGCGCCUGCCCAUGUUCCCCUUCUUCGACCUGGCGCACUAUGUGGCCUCCGUCAUGGCGCUGAAGGAGCAGCGGGGAGCUGUGGAAGUGUCAGUCCGAAGUCCAAUUGCCUGCUGGUUUAGUGCUAUGCUUUACUGCUUUGGUGGUUCAGUUUUGUCUUCGUUGAUGCUUGCAGAACCUCCCAUAGCGUUUUUGGCAAAGGGCACAAAUAUUCUACUGGCAUCUUCAGUCUGGUAUCUUGUGUUUUAUUGCCCACAAGACAUAUUCUACCGGUGCUUUGCCUUUCUGCCUCUUCGGCUUCUGGUUGCAGGAAUGAAAGAAGUGACUCGGACUUGGAAGAUAAUGGCUGGCAUUGCACAUGCAAACAGCCACUUCAAAGAUGCCUGGCUUGUCAUGGUAGCUGUGGGCUGGGCCAGAGGAGCUGGUGGUGGCCUAAUUUCCAACUUUGAGCAGCUGGUGAGAGGAGUGUGGAAACCUGAAACCAAUGAGCUACUGAAGAUGUCCUACCCUGUGAAGGUAACUUUGAUAGGAGCAGUUCUUUUCACCCUGCAGCACAGCCAAUACUUGCCAAUAGCAAGACACAACCUUGUGUUUUUAUACACCAUCUUUCUUGUGGUCUCUAAGGUAACGAUGAUGUUGACAAGAUCCACAACUUCUCCAUUUGCCCCCAUUGAGGCUGCAUUAGGCCAUAUGUUCUUUGGCUUGCAGAAGACGCCAUCCAAAGUGAAGGGUGAAGGUGCCACAUCUUCCAAUGGCUCUUCAGUCUGUGACCGGUCUUCUUCUGAACAGCAGCGUGAUGGUAUUAAGAAGAGACAGGCAAAGAAAACAGAAUAAGUGGUUUAAAAUCCUCGAUGGUCAUAACCUUUCAAGACUUUGUAUUUCAGAUUAGGCUGGCUGAGAAAUUUGUUUCAAGAAAUGCAUGUGAGGAGAGAACAGGGAGGUGGUUGAGUCACCGUCCCUGGAUGUGUUUAAGGGACGUUUAGAUGCGGUACUGAGGGACAUGGUGUAGGGGAGGACUUUGUAGAGUAGGGUAGAUGGUUGGACUCGAUGAUCCCAAGGGUCUCUUCCAACCUCAAUGAUUCUAUGAUUCUAACAGGGCUGUAUACUGCUGUGUUGUCUGCCUUCACAAUGUGCUUUGUAAGCUACUGUUCAGAUGUCUACAUGCACAUGUUGGAUUUGUAAGUUGAAAGCAACAAAUUUUUAUAGUGGUUUUGUAAAUUUUCUAUUUAUGAAUAACUUUAAAUGCUUACAUGCUAAAAAGAUAGUUUCAAAAUGUGACAAUCAGUUUUGUUACUUUUUUCUGAUAUAUCUCUUGUUCCACCUUCUCUCCCCUGCCCCCCCUGUUCUUAUGUUCGUACUUGGAUAGCAUGAACUUGCACUGCCAAGUGUUCACAAUAGCAUGUCCUGAGUAAGAAAGCCAUCGUCUGAGUAAGGCUUAAUCACAUUGCACUGAAAAAACAUUAAAAUGUACUGAACUAAUGCCUUUAACUAGAAAAAAACACUGAAUUACUGUUGUAAUUCACAUUGCACUGGUCUAGAUUCUCUUAAUUUACUAAACUAAAUGUUUUUCAUAUUAUUGUAUUUUUUAAAGUAAGAGUGAAUCAUCUGGCACUUUUAAAAAUCUUUACAAUUAGCAAGUAGAAACACUUCAAUAUUUUCGUGGUUGGCUUUGACACUUUAUUUGCAAGCAUUUGACAUAUAGCUUUUUUCAUGUUACAUAGGGGAUUUGCAUGUGGUUUUUGGUAUCUUUCAGUUUGACUGGGACUAGAUAUCUCUGCCUGCACUUUUAUCCAAGCAUAUGCAUUUUUUUUCUCUUCAAAGCCUGACUUCCUUUUACAAAAAGAUACUACAUAGUACAUUUACUUUGAUUUUCAUGAUUUCAGCCCUAUUGUGCCUGCUGUUACUAAAUACCAGCACUAGUUUGUAGCAGUUACCUCUGGUGCUAUUGGGGAAGAACUAUUAAUAUCAAAAGCACUGGAACUAUUUAUUAGUGCUUGCUGAAAUCUGCAGCAUCCUGCUCAUUGCAUCUUUUUUGCUGAUGUUGUGGAGCAGUUGUAAGUAGAACUUCAGAACUAAGAAUUUUUUAGGAUUUAGACAGUUUAGAGAUGUUACAUUUCAUAAUAAUAUAAUCUUUUCAGAGGAAUCUUUCAUUGAUGUGCCAAUUUUUAGAGUAAAUCAAAAUAUUUUUCCAGAAUUAGAUUAUUGUCUUCCAAGAGCACUGCUUUGAAGAGUAUUCUUCAGCAUGAGGAGGGAGGUUAAUCCUUGUGCAGGGAUGCCAAGGAGAAUGUGGAGGGACAUCUGAUUUGAAAAGACAAGGUUCUAGUUCCAGGUACAUAUCUAAAUUUAGAAAAACUGUCACCAGUGCUGUGCUUAGAGAAAAGAAAAAGAAAAAAGAAUACCCAAGAAAUUUUUUGUGCCUGUCUAGUCACAUCUCAAUGGUAGUGACCAAAACCAUUGAACUUCUCAGUUUGGAAUCCAACUCUAUAGCAAAUAAAACCUUGAAAGCUAAAAUGAAUAUUAAAAAGAACCCCAACUCUUUGGACAAAACAGCAGCUGUGUUCCGGACAAUUUUACACUGAAACUCAGUCUCCAGUUAUAAAUGCUUGGAGUAUUCUUUUGCAGGGUGUCUCAGUUUUUUUGUAAAUUGGUAUUAUGGGUGUGUGGAUAAACUUGAAGCUGCCAACUGACUAACUAGUUAAUAAUCAGCUAGUUAUUCAGCAACACCAGCAAAAGUUGUAUGUGUACGGUUUUUAAAACUUCUAGGUGUUAAAAAGGUUAAAAGGUGCAUUGGUGUAUACUAGAUCACAAGAAAUGUACAGAAUUGGAUUGUGGCAUGGAACUACAUUGCCCAACUGUGAAGUACUGGCUGAUAAAUGGCUACUCCUAGCCCGAAUAAAUGUGAAGAUAUGCUUAGA